UAAGUUACAGUUUCAUAUUUCGGCCACGAUAUGCUUUAGAUGGCGCUAGCAUCUAGAGAGAUAUCUUUAGUACGCUAAAUCCCGUAAGAUUAACGAUCUUUAUUAGUAUCUCGUCAGUGGCAGCAUGGAGAAAGCGCGGUCAGUGAAUGUGAUGGAUAUGUGUGGUUCAAAUUGAUGGACGAAAGUACCGUUGAUUCAGCUGUGACGGCUUUCGCAAACUUUCAUGGGAGCUGAAGUAAAAGGGAAGUGCAAGAGGGGAGAGGGCAAUAUCCUGGGAAAAGGAUAGAUAAACGAAAGGAAGAGAAGAAAGAAGAAACCCGGUCGGUGCCGCCAGUGGUAGGCGGUAAUCGCAAUCGAGUUGGUGCAGCCGUAAUCACAAUACACAUACACUCCGUUAUCCGUUUGAGACAUGCCACUUCAAGGAUUACGGUAACAUGGCAUCGUCGUUGAACGAGUCUUUGGAGGUGAUCAAGUUGCGUUUCGCACAUGCUGCCGACAAACCCGAAUGGAUUCCGUUGUCUUUGAUAUUGGUGGAGUAUCCGCAAGGAGACCUCUUUGGGAAGCUCUUGGCCGUAAUAACUCUAAUACCCUUUGCCAUUAUAGCUGGCUUUCUCACAUUAAUAUUGUUUAGAAGAGAUUUACAUACUAUAGUAUUUUUUAGUGGAAUUCUCAUCAAUGAGUGUAUAAAUUUUAUACUGAAACACACAAUCUGCCAAGAUAGGCCGAUUAAGAGAGAUGGCUUGUAUACUGAAUAUGGUAUGCCGUCUACACACGCACAAUUUAUGUGGUUUUUCGCUGCAUAUGCAUCACUUUUUGUAUACAUUAGGUUAAAUUACAACUGUACUAUAGCAGAGAGAGUUUGGCGGACAAUAGUAGUAGUAGGAUGUGUUAUUACAGCUGUAUUGGUAACCUACAGCAGAGUAUAUUUACUGUACCACUCCAAUACCCAGGUAGUCUGGGGUGCAUUAAUUGGCAUUGCACUAGGGAUAGCAUGGUUUGCAGUCACACAUACGGUUCUGACGCCGCUUUUCCCUAUAAUAGUUUCAUGGCGAAUAUCAGAAUACCUGUUAUUACGCGACACAACAUUGAUUCCUAACGUCUUGUGGUUCGAGUACACAAGUAUUCGCACGGAGGCUCGGGCGCGCGCUCGAAAGCUAUCGGCGAUUGGCAGAUCGCAUUGACAUCUAAUGCCGUCUGGCCAAUGUGCUGAUAACGAACUGAAAUAAAAAAGAAAAGAUGCCUUGAUAACGAACGAUCAGACGAUAAAGCAACAUGGCGGUUCACGGUUCGAUAGAGUUCAGGAAUUAGCAUGAAUGUACGACGCGGAUGGGAAGUGACGCCGAGUUGACGCCGGAUUCCUCGUUUUAUCGGAGAGAAGAUACGUCGGGUUCGAAAAGAAAAAUAAAAGAAAUGUCAGUACAAACACGGAAACGACUACGGAACGAUCGUUCUCGCCAUCUCACCGUCAUCCAAUAUCGUCGUUGUCGUCUCUCAUCAACAAUAUUAUCUCACUAUUGUUAGUGUUAGUGUUGAUACACGGUAAUUAAGCAUUUUUAUCGAGACGUCUGAGACAGUCGGAGCACAACGGUGGUGACACGCAAAUUUUACACAAGAAGGACUCAGUCCGCUUGGCAGUUGAGAGGGAGGGGGACGUUGCUGUACGAGAGGAGAAACAAUACCGCUAUGCGUCGUAUUGUGCUAUGUUAAAGGACAUGUAUACAAAUUGGCACGAUAGCUUUAACAUUCGCUAGGUUCAGGGUCAUUUGAAUUUCUCGAUCGCACGCGCCGCAUAUCCGUGCAUAACAAGUAUAAUUAACAUAAUUAUACAGACGAUAUCUUGCAGAUUCCUAUUUAUACGUGAUCUUAUGUUUUACGCCAUAUAGAGCCAUUUCCUGUCUGAAUAAUAUUUCACAUAUCCUUGUUAUUUUCUUCAUAUAACAAACAGCUAUCAUACGCGAGGAGUAUGUAGAUCAGAAAGUUUCAGUGGCUUUCGAACCUGGUAAAUUUUAAGACUAGAAAGAAUCAAGGUCGAUAAGAGCCAACGCGAGAUAUCAUUUGCGAGUAUUUAAUUAUUACAGAUUAAUCAAGCGUUAAGCGUUGAACAGUACAGUAUCUCGUUGCUCUUUCUUUUAAUCAAGUAAAUUGUUCGCGAAAUGUUGAAAACGAAUCUAUAAACAAAGUGUGGUUUCAAGCCGGAAACUCCUGAUCCAAUAUAAUAAAACUCUUCAAGAGUUAACCAUCGUAGUUUCGAUUCUUUUAAGUGACAAGAAAAAAGUAAUUUGCCCCUGAGAAUAAAAAUAUUUUAAUUGCUCUUUAUCUCUCUAUCUACAUCGUUUGAUAAAACAGUUUAAGAGCUACCUAGCGAUAGUUUAGUUUCACAUGAAAAGAACCACUUCAUCCUUUUUUUUCAUCAGUUUUCUAAUCCUCCACAGGUUUUAAUUUUUUCCCGCUGAAACCAAAUUUUUGAAACACUAAAUUACACCUUUGCCUUUACCUUAUUUUCACUUGUCUGUGAUAUUGUUCUUGUUGUUAAAAAAUCCGAACUUAAAGAUUAUAUUAAAUUAUAAUAAAUUUUUUAAAUCAUAUGGGGUAAUU